AUGGUGACAACUAACGAUGACGGUCAAAGAUUUUCAUUGGAAUCGGAUGUUUUCUUCUUACAAAAUCCCAAUCGAUCACGAUUAAAACAAGAAAUUCUAUUCAAUAUCUUUCAAACUGUGUGUGCGUGUGAGUGUCUUGUGACGAUAAACAAACAGAUUCAUGGUGGUAAAAGUGACGAUCUGCGAUAUGGUCUCGGAUCAAUGCAAGGAUGGCGUGUGGAUAUGGAAGAUGCUCAUGCCACAGUUCUGAAAUUAGAUGAUAAUCGAUGGUCACUUUGGUCCUAUUUUGGUAUAUUCGAUGGCCACGCAGGAUUUCGUACUGCAGUCAAAUCAGCAGACAAGCUUCAUCUACGCAUUGUUUCAUCGUUGGAUGGCUUAGUUCAGGAAAAUGCAAAUUUGAAAUCGCUUUCGAAAAUAACAUCGUCCCAACUUGAUUUCAAUAAACUCGAAAUGGCUAUUAAAGAUGCUUAUUUUAAGUUCGAUAACGAAUGGAGAGAAGAAAAUCGUAAUGCAAAUCCAGAUGAUAAAAGCGGUUCAACAGCAAUAUCAUGUUUGAUUGAUACAGAACGAAUCUAUUUUCUUAAUGUCGGUGACUCACGAGGAAUUCUCGCUUCGACUGACGGCCGAAUAUUACUUGCUACAAAAGAUCACAAACCUAGUGACCAAGCUGAACGCCAACGAAUUCAGGAAGCCGGUGGUACUGUACUUAUUCAACGAGUCAAUGGUUCCUUAGCUGUAUCCCGUGCUCUUGGAGAUUUCGAAUAUAAAAACAAUCCUAAUCGUCGUCCAGAUCAACAGCUCGUUUCUCCGGAGCCUGAAGUAACUUAUCAUACGUUUUCAACCAAACCCGAGGAACAAGUAGCAAUCGCCGUGCUUGCAUGUGAUGGUGUCUGGGACGUAAUUACUAACGAAGAUUUAGCAAAAUAUAUUCUUGGCCGAAUGCGUGUUACAGAUGAUUUGUGUGAAAUAGCCAAUACAGUACUCGAUAUGUGUUUAUACAAAGUUGGUUGCGUUGGCAGCAAAGAUAACAUGAGUUUGAUUAUUAUCGCAUUUAAAAAUGCACCAAAACCAGAUCCUGAUUGCAAAGCCAAAGAUGAAGCUCUGAACCACGAAAUUCGAAAGAAAACAGCUGAAAUCUGCGGUCGAUAUCCUAAUAAAGCAAGUUUGGAUGGGAAUACCAUUUGGCAACAAGUUGUGACAUCUCUUAACGAACAAUCGUCAAUUCACGAAGCACUUCCGAUUUGCGGUGGAUUUAUUUCAAAACGGUCUGUUUUCGAUACAACAUUUGAUUCUCUAGUAAAAGGAACAAAUCCAACAAGCAACUCUAACAGUGGGCCAUUAGUAAACAACAAUCACGAUGAUGAAAAGGAUGAACAUGAUGAUAAAUCGGCUCGAUCAAAUUCUUCAUCAGGCGAUACGUCUUCAUCUAGCAGCACAGUUUCUGCGUUAACCCAAUAG